AUGCCCUCCAGGAAAAAAGCCUCCCUGUUUGCAUCUGCCUUCGUGAGCUGCGUGUGCUCCUUUGGGAUGGUCUGUGUGGUGCUGGCCACCCAGCAGUGGAUGAGCAGCCAGCUCCGCUUCUCCAACAGCACUGUCAGCCUCACCUAUGGGCUCUUCAGUGGGACCUGUGAGCAGUUCGUCGACCCAGGACUUCAGGUUUCAGAGAAAGCUUUCCAAGUUGCAGGUAACCUGGGAAGCACCAAGGCAAAGAGCACGAUCACUGCAAUUAUUGUCAUCCUGGUCCUCAGUCUGCUGAGUUCCCUCCUGAGCUCUGGAUUUACCUGCACUAAUGCUGUCAGCAAUCCCUACCAGACUUUUUUGGGACCUAUUGGAGUCUACACCUGGAAUUCCUUAUGUGGCAUCUUCACCCUUCUAGCCAUGAUCCUGUUCCCUGUGAACGUGGAAGGACACGAGCUGUCUGUGGAACUGGCUCGUGGAUGUUUUCCUUUCCUGCAGACACACGUGGAAUCUGCACACACCUAUGGCUAUUCAUACUGGCUCAUGCUUCUCAUCCUCCUCCUGAACAUUAUCUCUGCCUUCAUCAUAUAUAUCUACGACCAUGCAAGAUAUUCUAAGAAGAAAGAGCAGGAAAGACCCAUUCAAAAUGCACCGAAAGAUGUCAUUCUGUUUUGA